AACUUCAAAGGCAGCUAGCAGAUUGGCUUAAAGUUAAACAGCAGCAUGGCUGCCCCCAUGCCCCCAUGCAGCUGUUGCAAAAACAAUGUGGACCCUUUGUCUUGAUCACUUUUCUCCAGCACCUGUCCAAAGGUGACAUGCUGAGACCGUCUUCAGGACCCCUUGCGUUAAGCAGAGCUGCUUUCUUGCAGCAAUUGGAGCUGACGCCCGUCUUCUGCAAGCUCCCAAUUGGCUGGCCCCUGCAGACGGUUUCCAAGUGCCUCAUCUCUAGGGGCAGCAAAAGGUUUGUUGCAAUGGGGGAAGAAAGCAAUCAUAAAGCUCUACUUCACGUCUUUUGGCACGAUGACUGCCUCAAACACAACAACGGCGCAGGCUUCUUUGAUAUGCCCCAGGGGACGCUGCCAGAUGACUUUCUUGAGGUGAAGGAGCCGCAUCCGGAAGGGGUGGACCGGCUGAAGAACAUGCGGAGCGUCCUGAAGAAAGGGCCUAUAUCGAAGCACGUCCAAUGGCAUCACGGUCGAACCGCCACCGCCAAGCAACUGCUUCUCUUCCACAAACCUGAUUACAUUGAGAAACUAGAGGCGGCAGCCAAAGCCGCCGACGGUCAUGGCGACAGUGUCAUCAUGGCCGGGGGCACCGUCAUGAACCCAGGGAGUUACGAUGCAAUUCUAGCGGCUGCCGGCACAACUCUAGCCGCUCUAGAUUGCAUUGUCCAGGGAGCGGGGAAGGUUGCGUAUGCGCUUGUGAGGCCGCCUGGACACCACGCACAGACAGACAGAGCGGACGGGUACUGCUUCGUAAACAACGCCGGCGUCGCGGUCGCCCAAGCGCGCCAGUCCGGCUUCGAUAAGAUCGCGGUGAUCGACAUCGAUGUUCAUCACGGGAACGGAACUCAGGAGGGCUUUUACACUUCACCCGACGUGCUGACAAUCUCCUUGCAUAUGGAUCACGGGUCGUGGGAUGAGGAAACGCAUCCGCAGCAAGGUGCCACUUCGGAGCGGGGCGAGGGCUCGGGCGCCGGUUCGAACGUGAACAUUCCCUUGCCGUUUGGCACGGGUGACAAGGGCUACGACUAUGCGAUGCAAGAACUGGUGGAGCUUGUUGUGGAUCGGUUCGCGCCAAACCUGAUCGUUGUGCCCUUGGAAUUAGACGGAAGCGCGUUCGACCCAAACGGCCGGCAAGCUCUGACAAUGGCAGGCUACAAACGGCUCGGGGAGCGGAUACGCGACUUGGCAGCAAAACACGCCGAAGGUGCAGCGAGAAAGUAA